AUGCCCGUGCUUUCCACGAUCCUCAACCCAUUUGAGGACUCGCAAGCCGUAUUUACCUCCCCGCACGCGGAGACUUUUCAACCUGCGGGUUUGCCCCAUCCCAAUCCGAGCAAGUCAUUUUGGAUUGAUAGCUCACCGGAUGCGAACCCCUUGGCUCGGGAGGGUAGUGAGGGCGCGUUGACCCUGGAUGCGGAUGUGUGCAUCAUAGGCUCGGGAAUGACUGGCGUGUCCGCGGCAUAUACUUUGUCGAAGCAGACGCCCGGGCUUAAGGUUGUAAUCCUGGAGGCGCGAAACUUCUGCGCAGGAGCGACAGGUCGUAAUGGCGGGCACCUGACGCCUGCAUUGGUCGAAGGCUUCACAUCUACCCUGCAGAAGUAUGGCACAGAGCAAACCCUCAAGAGCUACGCCCUAGAGAACUACACAGCGACGGAAAUCGUCAAGGUCAUCCGCGAGCACGGGCUUGAGGACGCCGUCGACCUCGUCGAGGGCGGACACAUAACGCUGCUGAUAACGGAUAAGGAGGUCGAGGUCGCGCAGGCGGAAAUCGCCGCGGCGGAGAGAGCUGGUCAAGACCUCAGUGGCUUGGUUUGGAUCGACGCAGAGGAGAUGGAGAAGACCUACGGAGCGUCUUAUCCUGGCAUUCGCAUCCCGGCGCACAACCUCUGGCCCCUCAAAUUCGUUACCCAGCUUUAUCACCUCGCAGCGCAGAACCUCAACCUCACCCUGCACACGCGUACACCAGUGAACGCAGUUACGCCGCUCUCCUCGGAAGACGGCAAUGACCGCCGCUGGUCCCUCUCCACCCCACGCGGUGCUGUUGCUUGCAACUACGUCCUGCACGCCACAAAUGCCUACGCGAGCCACCUUCUCCCGCACCUCGCCGGCCCCGCCGGCAUCGUACCCACCCGUGCGCAGGUCGCCGCCCUGCGCGCCGCCGUCCCGCUCUCGGAGCUCGGCACGGUGAGCUGGGACGGGAACGAAGGCUUCGAGUAUUGGUUCCCGAGGCCCGUGAAGGAGCAGGCCACCCACCCCCUCGCUAUCGUCGGCGGCGGGCGCGAGGCCACCGCGCCCACCUUCGAGACCGGCGUCGAGGAUGACAGCGUCACGAACCCCGCGAUCGGCCGCGUGCUGCGCGACUUCCUCCCGGAGGUGUUCCCGGGGAAGUACGAGGAGGGGCGGGAGUUUGAGAUGGAGUGGACGGGGAUUAUGGGCUUCACGAAGCUGGGGGUGCCGUUUGUGGGUGUGGUUUCUUUGGUUCGAUAUGCUCGAGAAGGCCAAUAUAUAUCCGCGGGAUACACUGGCCAUGGAAUGCCGAAGGCGUAUGCUUGUGCCGAGGUCGUCGCGUCGAUGAUCGCUGCCGAUAUCAAGAACGAGACCUGGCAGCAGCCCAGUUGGCUGCCCGACCGGUAUCUGACCUGGAAGAGGGACGGGCUUACGAGGCUUUGA